GAAAAGAAAAUGGCCGCCGUCGCUUGUGUGUACAUCAGCACUUUGGUAGCGCUCUUGGCAUAGACGUUUUGUUUUUUCACGUAAUUUUUCACCUUCUAAGCGCGGUUCAUCGACACGAUCGUGGCGAUAGGUUUCGGUUCCGGAGUUCCAGCUGCUAUUUUUGACGGACAGAUAGUGAAAUCGAUAAAAGUUAAAACCUGCUGGUCUCCCCGAGAAAAAAAUACUCUCGACCGCAUCCGGAAUAAUUCGGUGUUACUGUGGAUUUCCAUCAGUAGUUGUUUUUCCUUGCUGAUUCGGUUCCUCUUCCUUUUGGAUGGGUCCGAGGCGCAGAAGAGUGCGCUGCUUAUUUCGCCACACCGAGUGAAGUAUCAAGCAGAAUUUCAUAUUUUCCAGUGCUUCAGCCUCAUGCGUUCGAUUUAUUUUUCGUUUGAUUCGAGAGAAUUGAAUGUGAGUAGAUUGCUUACGAGACGGUAACGGUGGUGUGGAGAAAAACCCAACAACAAUAGUAACAACAGCAGUAGUAGCAGCAAGCAGAAGAAGAAAACGGCGAAUUUCUGUGCCUACUUUGCUAUUGGGAGGAUGAAGUGCAGAAGCUGAUUCCGGGCGGAUUUCUUCCUUUUAGUUUACUUUCGCAGUUCUUGAAACAAUCGCACGUUUCAUCCGUGGAAUGAUGAGCUCUGCAUAUUCGGCCGACAAAGUGAUAGUGUCAUGAUUGUGCAAGUAAAUUUCUGUAAAUAGCUGUGCAUAGUAGGCGAUAAGGAAAAAGUUGGAGAAGAGAAAAAAUAGUGAUUAUUUCUAAACCUAGUAGCUUUGACUGACGCAUGAAAUAAUUCGUUUGAGUUAUCUGUUGUUGUAAAUACACGAAAAAUCAGUCAGUCUUGAUGAAGAAAAGAAAAAAAAUAGUGUGUUCUGGUGAUGAGAAGUGAAAUUUUCUGCAAUGUGAAAUUAAAGCUCAACAGCGAAAAGUAUAGUGAAAAAUAGCAGAAGAAAGUGAAAAUGUUGUGAAUAUUCGCUUGCCAGUGUGGUUUUUAAAUUUGGCAGCGAAGCUAGUAAGCAAGCAUUAAUUGUGAAGUGGUUCUGAAGGAAAGCAAAUCAUUUCUACCAACCAACUGUGUGUGAACAACUACGGAAAAAUAUGCUGACUUCGGAAUGAGAUGGAAGCGGCUAUACGUUCAGUGCAGCAGGUUGGGCCACCAGGCCAGAGGGCCGACACUGGCCCAUCGCCGCAGCCUCCUCCAACGAUGUCAUUUCAACAGCGUGUGCCACCAGGUGCUGCGCAAAUUCAUAGAUCUGUUGAGUCCGUGCAAAGUUACAGCAAAGGUGGUUCAUCGCAGUCUCAAUCCGCUCCUAGAUCGGCAGCUAGUCCUCUAUCACCACCACGACCCGGUCCGGGAACGGGGGCCGCGAGCUAUCCACCAUUUGCCGGAGCGCCUGCCCGUGAGGCACCCCUUAGAUAUGUACAGAACAACUCGUACUAUCGGGAAAGUCCUUACACUCGAGUGUCACAGGUACCACAGAUCGCAGAAUACCAUCGACAGGUACCGGUUGUUUCGGUAUCUAGUAGUAUACCUGCACCAAUUAGUAUAUCAAAUUCCAUGGAGCCAGUACAACAACAAUCAACCCGACCCCGAAUAUCCCUGCUACCCCACAAUCCCGAUUAUCCGCAAGCGCGGAUUCAGCAACCAACGGAUAACGGCCCUCCUGCAUUUAAGAAGAUUCGUUUGAACGAAAACAGUCAACCUGCGCAAUCCCUCCUGAAUGUUGAUACACGUGAUCCACCGGCGUCAUCCGGUGCGUAUCAUCCCCAGGUGGAGGCGAUCUCACCAACGCUACCAAGUGAUCCGACUGAAGAGCUCCGAGCCACCAAGGAUGAUUUGCUACAACAAAUAGCCAAGGUGGACAUGGAGAUCGAUAAAGCGGAGAAGACGAUCAAUAUGCUGAAGAAGAAGCAGGAAACGCUCGAAGAGGCUUCAGCGAAACCAGCCGUUGAAGAAUGUGCCGCCGAAGCGCAGCCCAAGCACCGUAACUUAGCGCAGCAGAUCUAUGCCGACAAUCGAAAACGAGCAUCGACAGCUCAUGCUGUAUUAAGUGCACUUGGUACUGCCACCGAUCUGCCCCUGUACAAUCAGCCGUCCGAUGCGGAUAUUUGCCGCGAAAUACAGGAACGACAUAAAACGUUCAAACAGCAUCUGCUACUGCAUUUCAAACGGAUAAAAUCCGAACGGGCAGCUAAACAGGUAGAACUGACUGAACGAUACGCGCAGUUAUCGCAAGACUGGUCCAAACGUGUAGAUAAGAUGGAAGCUAGUGCAAAACGGAAGGCGAAGGAUGCGAAAAACCGGGAGUUUUUCGAGAAGGUAUUUCCCGAGCUUCGAAAGCAAAGGGAAGAUAAAGAGCGAUUUAAUCGUGUAGGUUCUAGGAUUAAAUCCGAAGCCGACCUUGAAGAAAUCAUGGAUGGUCUUCAAGAGCAGGCGAUGGAGGAUAAAAAAAUGCGUUCAUAUGCUGUGAUUCCACCUUUAAUGUUAGACUCCAGACAAAGAAGGCUAGUGUUUAAUAAUGAAAAUGGAGCGCUAAUAGAUAUGGAAACAGAAUUCAAGGAACGGUUAAAUUUAAAUGUGUGGACGGCAGGAGAGAAAGAAAUUUUUCGGGAAAAGUUUUUGCAACAUCCGAAAAACUUCGGCAUGAUUGCAGCCAGCUUGGAUCGGAAAAGUGCGCAGGAUUGUGUGCGAUAUUACUACCUCAGUAAAAAGGCGGAAAACUAUAAGCAGUUGUUACGAAAGUCUAGGCAGCGGACGCGAAGUUCAAGAAAUAUACAGAAAUCCAAUCAAAAUCAGACACAGAGCAUAGUAGAUGCAUUAACAACUGGUGUUACAACAAGCCUAUUUUGCAGACUACAACGUGAACAACAACAAAAGACUGUAGGCCGUGAUCGUGCCGCGAAUUCAACAAAUAGUUCAAUAGGAAAUAGUUCGGCAUCUAAUGUCACAACAAAUUCAUCUUCAAAUAACACUAAUAACAAUAAUAGUAGCAGUAAUAGUUGUAGCAGUAGUGCAAGUAGUAUUAGUGCGAGUACGUCUAUAUCUAGUACAGCAACAGCAUCUGCGACAGCUACAAGUUCCGUGAGUACUGCUCCUGCAUCCAGUAUGGUAAUAUCUUCGGCAUCUCCUCCACUGGGAAUCAUCUCGACGCCUCCAACGACUACGUCAACAACUACGACUGGUGUAAGUAAUAGUACUUGUAACGUAGACAGUGGUAGUGGUGGUACCAGCAACAACAGUAGUACUGCUAACGUAAACAGUAGUACAUCCAAUGCCAACACCACAAUUGAUGGAAGUGAGACUGUCGAAGGUGCUGUCAAAGACGAGACUUGCAAAGAUAAGCAAACAGCUGGUUCUGAAACGCCUGCAAUGUCUCUAUCUGCUGCUUCAACUUCAACGACGAACACUGUAUCUAGUACUUCUACGACUGCCACUGCGCCCACAAAUUCGCCGCUCAUGACCGCAAGUUCACCGCGAAGUGCAACACCAUCUUCCGUGCUGUCAUUAUCGGUUACAUCAUCGUCCUCGCCGACUCCAUCUGCACCCAGUAUAUCUACAGUGUCGUCAAGCAUAGCAACUGCAACGUCAACACUGUCGAAUAUUUCAUCCAAUGCCACAGUAUCAUCUGUUUCAUCUAGUAUCAUCAGCAGUAUCAGUACCUUGUCCACGAGUGUCAGUGCAUCCGUGUCUAGUAGCAACAGUGAAAGCAGUAGCAUUAGUAGCUGCAUCAAUAGCAACAGCGGUAACUUGUCGGGGGUUACUACCGUGGAGACAUCUUUUGUACCUAAUAUUAGCUCUAGUAUAUCCGCAAUUCCGCUGAAUGGCGUGAAAACGGAUGUACUGAAUUCGGCCACAACUACCGUAACGACUACACAAAUUCCGUUAAAUAACAGAUACUGCACUAGCAAUAAUAUCAACGCGAGUGUAAAUAGCGUGAAUUCGUCUAUGGCUAACUCUGUUGCUGGUAGCGGCGGAAACGUCAUGGCUCACAGCGGCUCGGUACCAGUUACGCUUACUGCAGCAGCUCCAGGCAAAAUAAACUUGUCCACAUCGAUACCUCCCAGCUCCCAAUCGCAAAUGCAUUUACAGACAUUACAGCAGCAUCCGAACGCUGUGAUGUUUAACAACACAAGUACACCGAAAAAUUCCUCUGCAACGUCGUCAAUGGACAUAAUCAUCAAGGAUAUCACGCUGGGGUCAGUUGUGGCUAGUGUGGUGAACAGCAAACUCGGUGUGAAGGACAAUCUACUCAAAGAUGAACUGGAUCCAAGUGAGUCCAAAAAGAGGCGGAUAGAGUUGGAUGGAGUCAAAGAUGACAGUUCCACUGUUGAUGGGAAAGACAAGGGGAACACGUUACACUCAUGUUUCGUGUGCAAGGCCGAGAUGUGUCCCCGUACACGGCCACUGGAACGUGGUCGGGGGGCGCAGUACGGCAUACCGGAAGAGGCGAUACCGCCGGGGGCGCGCGUUUGCAACACGUGUCAAUGCAAGUCGGUAAAAUCGAGGUACGAUUCGCAAUACUAUUCACCUACCGCUACACCGCAGGGUUUGAUACUGAACGAUCAAUCCGUCCAUUCUAGAUACACGAACUGCCCCUUGCCGACGUGUCCGAAUCCAAAAGAUAGGGUGAAACGAUUCCGAAAUCUACCGCCGCGUCUCUUUGAACUUUCACCGGAGAUUCGCGAUCCGAUUAUCCAAGAGCUGCAGAUUCCUUCAAAUGUGACAAAAUGCUGUUCGGCCUGUUUGACUCGUAUUCGUCGAAAAAUGGGCCCCCACCUGCUGGGAACAAACCUCACAGACGAAGAAGUGGCACGAAUGAAGAAACUGUUACAAGAAGUUGGUCCCAAAUGGAAUCAGCUUGCUGAGUCCUUAGGCAAGACAUCUGUCGCUUUGAAAAGUUUCUAUUUCCAUUACAAAAAGAAAUGCGGUUUCGAUCUGGCUGUAACGGAAUAUUACAAGCAACAUCCGGGUGAAGAUCGUCGACCGGCAAUGACCGAUGGUGAUGAGUCUGAUAUGAGUACUUCAUCUUCGGAUGAUCGAGAUGGAAGUAGCGAUACAACGGCAUCCGCCGAGAGCCCGAACAACUCGGUUCCACUGAAUGUUACGAAAGAAGAAAUUACUAGCGUUCCCGAAACGUUAGCGCCGCCUCCAUUAACAAAGAAUUUUGAAGAUGACAGGUUAUUACCACCGGGACAGCCACCUCGAAAGCAGAGACUAACGGAAGAGUAUGAUAGCUCAGCUACCGAAACGGCGGAUGAGGAAAACGAGACCUCUCCGGCAAAUCGUCAAAGUCCUAAGGUACAUUACCCUCCAAUAGGUGGUGUGAAUCCCGUUAUUUCUGUGCACCACAGCUCGAUACAGAAUGGUCCUCGUGGUAACGAUGUCAGCUCACCUCAAAAUGUGCGAGAUGUUGUGCUGAAUGUGAUUGAACGAUCUCUGAAAUCCAAUACAAUGCCCAGCUCUGGAAAGCCACCCCCAAUGAAAUCUAUAAAUGAACUGUCGUUCUCGUCACGAGAUUAUCGAGAUUUGUCCAAGGGUCCCCCAAUGCAACGACCACCAUCGGAGGGAAUGGCUACGUUAUCUGUAGUGAAUUCACAUGGGCACGUUCAGCCUCAAAUUAUAUCCCAUCAUUCACAUCCAAUAAGCUCCCAGAUCCAAGCCACCAUUACCCCCGUUCCGCAGCAGCCGACGCAGCCAAUGACGCAAACGCAGUCAAUUCCGCCUCCAUUGCAGCAGCAACCGCCACAAUCGCAAUCACAGUCUGGCCAUUUGUCCCAGCAACCUCCACAGCAAUCGGUUACUUCGAGUGGUCACGAUAAGGAUAUUUCCGUGGUUUAUCUUCGCGAGGAACCUCAGACACUUGACUUGAGUAUCAAGAAACAGCGUGAUAAUUUCCCUCCUCCUGCACAUAACAGCAAAAUGUCGAGUACAUCUUCACAGCAAGCUCCACUUCCCCCACACUCUUCCAGUGCUAACACGGUAACUGUGUAUCGUACGGAAAAUUUUCCGCCGCCAAGUCAUCAACAGCAACCACAAAACAUUCCAACGCAUGGUGGACCGUACGGGUUGGGUUAUCAUAGUGAUUCGAUGGGUCGUCCUACAAAAUCACCAUCUGGAUAUAUUACAACUGUACCGGGAGGACCACCGAUUUCUCUAAGCCAGGGAGGCCCUUCAAAUCAGUCAUCUUCUGUCAUUGGUCGCGGUCAGAUAUCUCAGCAAACAAUUUCUCUGACUCCGCCUCCUAAGAAGCAAAAUGUUCCUAAAUUAAGCCCCAAAAUGCAACAUCAAGUGCAAUCGACCAUGCAGCAGCCACCGCCACAGUCACUGGGACCCAAAGGUUCGAUUACCCACGGCACAUCGGUAAACGCUGCUGGUCAACAAAUAAUCGUGCAAGGUCAAACGACACUGAGUCCACGUUAUGACAACAUGCUUCGACAAACGCCUCCAUCGUCUAACGAUAAGCACGGUUCUAUUACCCAAGGAACGCCACUCCAUGCUUCUGCUCACGCACUGCCAGAUAAGCGUGCAGCCUACGAGUACAAAUCCUACAAUAACCGGCAAAGUCCGGCACAGGUAUCCCAGCCUCCAACACAAGGAAGUCCUCAGGCACCACAGUUCACGUAUACCAGAACAGCACCAGCAUUUACCCUCGAACCACAACAACUAAGCUCCCGACAAAUCAUAAUGAACGAUUAUAUAACCUCACAGCAGAUGCACGGUCAGUCUCAAGGACGGAACACCGUCAACGCCGGAAAUCGCCCGGAAAAAGAAUCUCCUUCUCCUCGAAGCGUUCCGAACAUGAACUCCCAGGCCGCCUUGUUGUAUGCCGUUGCCGAACGAGAGCGUAGCUCCAGGCCGGAAUAUCUGAGCCGAGCAUCUCCUGCCGAUCACGUCAAUAGGGUGUCACCUGUUUUCAGUACUCCUAGUCCACAUAGGACACCGCCUCCACCGCAGCGCCAAGGUGUAAUCCAACGACACAAUACGGGUGGUAAUAGCGGAAGUACCAGUGGAGGACCUGGAUCGAAACCACCGAGUCCGGCACCGAAUCGUUUACACCUGGUACCUCCACCACAUCAUUACAUGCAAGGUCACGACGCAUUUACAUCGCUGGUUGAUCUAGCGGUACAACAGCAACCGAUGACUGUGCCGCACAAAGACGACAAACGGCAAUCAAUUAUCGAACAACAGGCUCCACCACCGCCACCCACGCAUCACGAUAUUAGAUAUCAUCCAGCGACAAUGAUUCAGAUUCAUCAUCAGCAACAACAGCAACAACAACAGCAACAACAACAGCAGCAACAACAAGCAGCUGCCGCCGCAGCUCAACAUCAACAGCAACAGCAACAUGCGGCUGCUGUUGCUGUGGCCGCCCAACAACAGCAUGCAGCAGCAGCGGCGGUUGUUGCAGCCCAGCAGCAACACGCGGCAGCUGCUGCAGCCCAGCAUCAGCACCAGCAGCAGCAACAGCAUCUCCAGAGACAACAACAGAUGGAUCUACAACGCCGUCAGCAGUCACAACUUCAUCCAUCGUUACAGCAUCCAUCAGUUGUGGCCUACAGGGAGCAGCAGAUGGAACGUGAGAUGAACUACCGCGAAAGACUCGAACGAGAACGCACGUUAGUCGAAAGAGAACGCGAGCGAGAUCGUGAGAGGGAACGAGAAAGGGAACGCGAACGAGAGCGCGAACGUGAAAGAGAACAGCGAGAACAGCGUGAUAGACAGCAACGGGAACGGAUGGCUCAUCAGGAGGAAGAGGAGCGUCGUAGAAAACACUACGAUAUGAUCAAUGAAAGGAUAGAGCGGCCUUUGGAAUCACUCGGAAUGCGCCAAUCUUCGGACGGCUCGCUUACUGCAGCUAAUCUGAUCGAUGCGAUUAUUACCCAUCAAAUCAAUCAAACAGCUUCUGAACCUCCGAUGCCGCCCAACCGUGACAUGCACCGUCCUCCAUAUUUCCCACCACGAGAUCAUCGGCCAUCAUCAAUAAGCGAAAACAAUGGAAAGUCUCACUCACCCAAUGUGAUAAACAUCGAUGUGGAUUCCGAACCCGUCCGAACGAAAAAUAUCACCAUUGGUGAACUGGCGGAAAGUAUCAUUGCCAAGGAUUAUUCUCCGAACCCAAAUCCGUUCCUGCAGAUGCGUCCUUCGAUGAUUUCCAUGCCACUCGAUCCGUCUAUGAUGGCUGCUUCAGAUGCGUGGAAGUAUCGUCGGUUGCCACCAGGAAAGAAGGAUCAACUAGCUCAUGGUCAGCCUCCUUCUUCUCAGCAGCAACAGCAACAGCAACAACAACAACAACAACAGCAGCAAGUGCAGAUGCAAGUGCAACAAUCACAGCAAGGACCUCCCGGCCACCAGUAUAUACAUUCUCAGCAGCAGUCUUCGAAUAAAGGACCGGGCAGAUCGACACCCGAUGAUCGCCAUAUUAUUCGAAUGGCUCAGUCACCGGGUCCGCGGAAUAAAUUUCACGAGUCCGUCUCGCCUGACACACACUUUUUUCAUCCAGGUGCUCCACUCAGUCGGGGUCCACAAGAUUUUGCUCUAGAUUGCUAUGUGAAGAAUCGAAUAGUUGAAGCGAUGCGAACCGAAGAUGACAAGCGCGGUGAUGAUGGAAGAGACCUACAAUCGUCUAGGAAUCCAUCGCCGGCACAACACGGACCUCCGCCGGCCCAUCACAACAAGGAUCACGAUCGUAGCUCAACUCCAGUAGAUAUGAUAAUUGACGAAGAAACUGGUCGACCAACAUCCGGUAAUAAUCCGCAUCGGCCGCCUUCUCAACAACUGCCACCGCAUUCACAACCACAAGGAGUAAUGCACAACUCCAUUCACUCUUCUCCUUACAUAAGUAGCCAACAAGGCCCGCAUCCUUCCUCUUUUGCGUACUAUCCAUAUAGUGCGUUAACUGUUUCCGGUGGCCCCGUUGUUGGUGGUUUAGGUCCUCCGGUUCCGCCACCAAAAACAACACUGAUUGUACCAACCCUUGGAGGUGGUAGUGGUGGUAUGAUGUCUCAAUCUAACAGUGGUGGCAUGGGAGGAAUGAAUGACGACCGUCAUUCAUCAUCAUCCGCAUCCAUUGAACCAAAACCCCUACUAUCCGCUCAGUAUGAGGCACUUAGUGACGAAGACUAGAGAGAAAUGGUACGUACGUCAAACGUCAGCGUCACUUUGACAAAGAUCGUAAAUAUACAAACACAAGACACAAGAUGCAUUCAGUAUGAAGUCUAUCUCAUGCUACACUUGUAAUUUAUUAUAAAUAUUAAUUAUAACACAGAAGAGUAUGAUAAUAAAUACUAAAAUAUGAAGAAUAAUUAUCUACGCAAAGAUAAAAAUGUAUUCAAACAAAUGAAAAAGUUAGAACACUUUAAAACUGAUAAAAAUGCAGUAAAAGCUAGAGAUAUACAACGAGAAUUAUUAUUAAACAAAAUAAAACCAGAGGAAGAUACAUAACUUUAUCGACUACACCAUGCAGCAUAAAAUCUAUCCUGUAAAAUCAUCAGCAGAAUAUCUUAUUCAGCAGUCGAAAAAAUGAACAGAGUUUAAUGCGCUUAACCCUUCAAAGAAAUAUUCCCGGUUAGAGAAAAAAUACACACACACGCAUGCAGUAAUGGUCAAAUUUUGGUUAAAAGCUGGAUGGUAGGUAUCGGUCUCUGAGAGAAAGAGAGAAAUAUAAAAGUAUACAUACGGUGUCAUUGUUGUGUGUGUAGCAAACAGACAAGUAAUCUUCACGUAAUAUUCGAGAAUGUUUUAAUGUGUUUAAUGAAACAAACCAUAAUGUAGUCGUGAAGAGCUACAUGCAGGAAGGAGAUAGAAAGCUUAACCGUAGCACAGAAAAAAGAAAGAGUUAAAUUGUACGAGCUUGUUCGAGAAGCUAUAGCAAAACACAAAUAAAUUUAAUAAGAAAAAAAAACAAGAUUAGUUUGUCUAAUUCAACUAAUCCUGGAAAAUUACCAACACAGUAAAAGCCAACUACGUCUAAGGCUGUCUUGAGUUUCCACCUAAUAGUUUUGGAUUCAAGAUUCAGAUCUUUACUUUCAAAGUUUGGUUAUGCUGAUGCAGCUGAAUGAAUGUAAAGUUACGAGUAUAGUGAAACACUUUGCGAGUAUAGUGAAGUGAAGUUAGGGCAGUAUAAGAUCGGUGAUUAGGAAUGCGUAACUAUAACAAAUCAGACCCGUUAUGACCCGUUUAUAAAUAUAAACUGCUGAGAUUACCGCGCUGUACAACAAUACACGGAUGAAAUACGCAUAGUGCAUCAAGGAAAAAAAAAGUUAUUAAGUACAUGAAAAUGAGAAAAAUGUGGUAAUAUUGAUUUAUGUUCUCUAUAAGAAAAUGCAUGUAAUUAUAUUAUUGUCAAGUUUAUUAAUGAUAGUUCUCAAUUUUUAAGUUACUACUUAAAAGAAAAAUGGAAGGAAAACUAAUGAUUGAUUGAUUGCUGAAAAUAUAAAUUUAGUUAGGUAGACAGAAAAAAAUUAGGGCGUAUUAUGGCAUAAGAGAGAAUAAAUAAUUAAGGUUAUGUAAACAUUGUGUUAAGCUUUUUUUAGUUUGUAAUUAUUUUCCUUAUUUUUCUAAAAAAAAGUAUAUAUUAACACGAAUGCAAAAAUUAAGCAUUAAGUGAAUAAAAUAUAAAAUAAAUCAAAUUGA